CAGAUGGGAUGUGAUAUCAAGCUCGAGUAAGAAAUGACAGUGACUCCUCGCUGUCAGAUCCAAAUUGUCACCUGAUGCCGAGGAGACAGCGAUUAUGGCAUUUCAUUGCAAUCCUGUGGAGUUUAAAUUCAUCUCUUGUUGUCAAGUGGUGUUCCAAUGAGAAACAGUAACAUUGACCAGGCUGAGAUGAGGAUGAAGGAGGUUGGUCCAUCCCACCCUUCUGCAAAUCUGACCAGUCUCAGGGUGGGGUCCCACAGUCAGCGUUCGUGGCUGAAGCCCAUGAAGGGAGUUUUGGCAGCAAUGGCAGAAGAAAGUGCAACAUGUGCCGGCAGACAGAGAAAUAAAUUCCUUCCAGAAGAGUCAGAGAUAACACAAUGUGGAGCUGGAGGAACACAGCAGGCCAGGCAGCAUCGGAGGAGCAGGAAGGCUGACAUUUGGGUUGGGACCCUUCUUCAGGCAAUGCCUUGUGUUUGUUUUACUUUUGAGAUUGAUAGGUUCCUAGAUUUGAACAAUAUGAAGAGACUGCAGGAUAAUGGUGCUGAGGUAGAGACCCAUUUGAAGCGUGAGACAGGUUUGAUGAGCCAAAUGGAUCGUUUCCUAUUUCCUAUAGUUUCUCUUUCUUUAAGCACCCACGAGGAAGGAAAUGAGAACUGGCUCAUAUAUUCUGUCCCCUGGUUGUACAGCCUUAUUUUCUCCCUGGAAUUGAGAGGCUGCUGUAACCAACUGAAGUGGAUAGCAGUGUCCUCAGGCAGAUCAUUACUAUUAUCGCUACGAUCCUGUUAGAGACAAUUUAUGUUCA